AUGGUUCAGCCUGCUGUGCCUGAAAUCUAUGAGGAGGAGGAUGUCUUUACCGCGGUCGACGCACGCACGGAAUCUCUGCAAAACUUACGAGAAUUAGGACCUCCGGAUUUGGUCUACCUCGUCAAGCAAUCCAAGACCAAUCCGACACGCCAGACCGGCGUCUAUCACCAUGUCACAGGUGUCGAUGCAUCGUCAUCCGCCAGUCUCGCCGCAUACGUUAAUACCCUUACAUAUUCGCCCGUCGAUAAACAGAAUAAGGUGGUCUCAGGAGUGUACUGUUGUUAUAAUGCCUUUUCUCACUUGGAUAUGCGAGUAGAGGUCAAGAUUCCUGGCAGUCUCGAGAGCUAUUGUAUCGACGAGCGCGGAGACAAACGUGUUGCGACAGAAGCUUUGUGGCUUGAGACGUUCCUUUGCGCAGUCCUUAGAGCGUACACGUACGCAGACGAUGGAACAGGUGAUGCAAUCAAGAAAAUUGUCGGGGUGCGCAGAUUCAACCCGGUGACGAAUACUGAAAUGGAGCACAAGUUCUUGGACGCUGCGGAGAGAUUAUUUUUCAUGGGACGACAACUCAGUUCCGAACCCGAAACACAAGUCCCCAAUACCGUCGCAAAUCAUUUAACAUCGGGCCUUCUUAAGUAUAUACACACUACUGGUCGGUACGCGUCAGGGAUCAACCUCUUUGAGAAAUUGCGAACAAAGGACGUAGAGGUGUCUUCGCUUCUCGCGCGAGUCCUGAUUUCCGCGGAUGAGGAGGUGCAGGCUGUUCGGCUCAUGCAUGACGCGCUGCAGGAUGUGCCAAUGGACUAUGCGCUUUUAGAUUGUCAAGCGGCUUUCUGUUUAAGCAAGGGAGAACCAGAGCUUGCGCUUGAAUGCGCCAAGCGCAGUGUCACUGCGGCACCCAGCGAAUUCAGUACAUGGGCUCGACUUGCCGAAGUAUACGUUACCUUGGAGCAGUGGGACUUGGCGCUUCUUACUUUGAACUCAUGCCCGAUGUUUACGUAUCAAGAUAAAGAUAUUCCUCGCAUGCCUCCGCCAUCUCGAGUUCUUCUCCCUAUAUUAGCGGAGAGUGCCUUGGAUGAGAUUGAUGAAGGCCAGCCAAAGCAAGGAGAUCCACAUGACUUUGUUCAUCCGUCUCUGCGAAAGCUUCACGCUACCGGAUACCAGGGCACAUUUCUCAAAGCCUACGAGCUGCUCACAAAGAUUGCCGCUGCUAUCGGAUGGGAUCAGCUCUUGAAAAUUCGAAGUGAUGUGUUUGUCAUGGAAGAAGAGUAUCGGGUGGAACGCCAGCAAACGACCAAACCAAGCAACUCGCAAAAUGCUAGUACCGUCGCGCUUCACCUGCCCCAAAGUCCUAAUACAGCCACAGCCAGUGAUGCCGAGACGGACGAGGGCCAUUCCGGCGAAGCAAACGGCACUGGAAACGGAACUGGGAAUCUCGACCCAGUGGAAGCCAACACAAUUGAGAAACCAGAGCAGAUUGUAGCUUCUGAAACUGUCAAGUCUGGAAACGAAGAUCCGGAUCCUUCCCACGCCGAGUACGCUCAAUUCCAGAACAAACGGCUAUGUGAGCGGUGGUUGGAUAACUUGUUUAUGGUCUUAUACGAGGAUCUUCGCAUUUACACUAUAUGGCGAUCGGAAAUGGCUCAUUCACGACACCAAUCGCUUGAGUACAAGAAAACAGCAACCGAGUGGGAGAUUCUGGGAGAGCUGGCUGAGCGACUUCAUCACUUUGACGAGGCGAUUGAGGCAUACAGGCAGUGUCUGUCGAUACGGUUCUCGCCCAAGGCUAUGCGUGGUGUCUUGAAGCUAUAUGAGAAGCAAGGAGAUACUCGAGGCAUGCUUAAUGCGCUGAUUCGGUUGAUUGCCUGGCAGUAUCGCUGGUACUCCGAGUUCUCGCCCGAUUUGUUAUUCUUAGUGCGCAAACUCAUCGAAGAGGAAGGCGCCGUCAAAGUCCGCAGCAUCGUACAAGCGACCAACCUGCCACAACAUGUGCUCGACUUGACACACCAGUACUGCCAAGUCUGUGCUACAUUUCGCAGCACUGGCAGCGAUGUCUGA